AUGGUUUCCUGUGAAGCGCAAUCCAGUAAAAUAACACCUGGUCUAGCAGUAACAAUGGCCAUGCAGUCAGUUCUAUUGGAUGUUCCAAAAGAUGCAGUGAACUUUGACGAUGUUGUGGACGACUUGAAUGACAUGAAGGAUGCGAAAUCUGCCUGCUGUAAAGGAAUUAGGCAUGUACAUUGUAAACAUAUUGUUCCAAAUGACAACUUUGGUUCUUUCUGCUUCAUCGUGUCCUCGGUAUCCCUCUCCGAUCACAUCAAGGUAUCAAGGGUUCCACAAAGGCGCAAAAGCAUAAGAAUUGCAAUGAGGAUGCAGAGAGUACCAUCAUUAGUUGACUUAUGUGUUCUGGUGGCCAUAGAUAAUGUUAGGUAUCUAGGAGACGUUGGAGAAACAGACUUACAUCUUUUAGAGCGAAUUUUACCUCACUGUACACUUGAUCAAUUGAUGCACAUCGAGAAUUGUACUGAAGGUACAGAUCUUAGCCCGGUAACAGAUAAACUAUGGAAGAGAUUUUACGAGCGCCAAUUUGGUGCUCAUAACACCAAUGUUGUGAUUGAGAGGAUGAGAAAGAAUAAAGUAACCUUUAAAUGGAAACAAUUAUACGAGGCAAAGUCAAAAGACAUGGAAGAGGCACAACAAAAAUCAAUUGACCGAUUAAGGCAGCUAUAUCAAAAAGAAGAUGCUAGGAAACAAAGCCGACAAGUUCAGGUGUGCACAAAGGUUCCACCUUCAAGCAGGAAAAGAACCUUCUAUGGAGGUGUAAAUGCUAGCAACAUUUGCAACACAAAAAGUGGCCUGAUGAAGAAGGCAAAGCUAGAAUUCCUCAACAGCCGAGAGGUCAAAAAUUUAGCAGCUAUGAAGAGUAAAGUAGUGCACAAGAAUCAUAGUGUUGCUCCCAUGAAGAAACCAGUUGUCAGUUCCAAAUAUGCAGCUUCUUCAUCAUCCAAACUCACUAAGCCACUGUAA